CGAAUGAGCGCCACUCAAAAUCGAAGAGGCUCUGUGAAAACGGAGGAUCUAUCCCACCGAAAAAAGUUCUCGAACUCCGACGAAUACAAAAUGCACAUAUCACCUUACCAAAAGACCUACGUUAGGAACGACAACUCCCGCAUUCUACCUCAUCCAUUCUCACUAAAGUGUGAAAGACCCUCUUGGACCGCAACCCUUCGGAAUGCAGUUAAGUACAUAUUGGCUUUCUCUCCCGCUGUAGCAAUUAUUGGAGACUUGGCGCGAGUAUCAUAUACCAUAUAGAAAGACACCUCUCUUCGAACGUUCUGCGCUGCUCGAAAGGCACAACGGCUUUAUCUCCUCUCAAACCUUCCCACGACUGAUCUCUUCGUUUGAGUCUUAGCUGACAGCAACAAAUCAACACUCACUAGCCGACCAUGUCAUCUCACGACGACACUCCCACCGAGGCCAGUACAUAUCCAGAGAAAGAGCCUGGUACCAUUUCUGAAAAGGACAAUGAAUCAGACGGUAUCGAGCAUGUCAGACCAGCAAAUGACGAUGCGGUAGACACCAAUUUCCAAGCUGGUGUCCAGAACAUCGAGGCCGUGACCGUUACAUGGUCGAUGACUUGGCUAGUCAUAGCCUAUGCUCUGAUCUGGAUCAUCUACUUCAUACAGGGUCUGGUAUCUGGCGUCACCGGUGCCCUCCUUCCAUACGUUACCUCUGCCUUCGCUCUGCACUCGCUCACGCCCACCGUUGGAAUCCUGAGCGCCGUCAUCGGUGGAGUUACGAACCUCAGCAUCGCCAAGAUCCUUGAUAUUUUCGGGCGUCCACAGGGUUUUGUCUUUUGCAUUGUCCUCACCGUCCUGGGCUUGAUUAUGUCGGCUGCUUGCAACAACGUCGAAGCCUAUGCUGCCUCUCAGGUUUUCUACACCGUCGGCAUCAAUGGCAUCGGAUACAGUCUCAGCGUCUUCGUUGCCGAUACAUCUUCACUUCGCAAUCGAGGUCUCAUGCAGGCUUUUGCUGCUUCACCGAAUCUGAUUACCUGCUGGUUAGCAGGACCUAUCUCCACGUCCUUCCUGGAUGGAGCUGGAUGGCGCUGGGCGUUUGGCAUGUUCUGUAUUAUCGUCCCAGUGGUUACCCUUCCUCUCUUCGGUCUGUUCCAGUAUCAAUAUUCGCGGGCCAAGAAGGCGGGAGUUAUUUCGAAGCGCGAAAGUGGACGUACUACCUGCCAAUCCAUCGUCUACUACACACGCGAGUUCGACGCUCUCGGCCUCUUCCUAAUAUCUGCUGGUGUCGCGUUUUUCCUCCUGCCAUUCAACCUUUACUACCAGCAAGCCAAGGGAUGGAGAUCGGCCCUCAUUAUCAGCUUCUUGGUUGUUGGGAUCCUGCUUCUUAUCGCCUUCGUGGUCUGGGAGGCAUUCUUCGCGUCCAUUUCAUUCUUCCCCUUCGCCCUCCUCCGAGAUCGAACAGUUCUAGGAGCCGGUAUCCUUUCCUUCACGCUGUUCAUUAGUAACUCAUGCUGGGCUCUCUACUUCAGCUCCGUCCUGCAAGUGGUUUUCGAUCUGAGCGUUACACACGUCAGCUACGUGGUCCAGAUCCAAACCGUUGGCAGUGUCUUGACUUCUCUCGCCGGCGGUGCAGUUAUAUCUUAUACCGGGAGAUACAAGCCGAUUUCUCUCUACUUCGGCGUUCCCAUAACGGCCCUCGGGAUGGGAUUGUUGAUUUACUUCCGCCAUCCGGACCAGAGUAUCGGAUACAUAGUUAUGUGCCAGAUCUUCAUCUCUUUCGCCAGCGGUGUGCUCAUCAUCACGGACGAGAUCGCCAUCAUGGCCGCGGCAGUCGAGCAACAAUAUUUCGCCGUCAGUAUUGCCGUGCUGGGAUGUUUUGGAAGCAUCGGAUCUGCAAUUGGUCUCACUAUUUCCUCCACUAUCUGGCAAGACAUCUUGCCAAAGAAGCUCGCUUUAUAUCUUCCUGCGGAGGAACUGCCCAACCUGGUCAUGAUCUACGGCGAUCUUACGACGCAAUUGUCGUAUCCUCCUGGCUCGCCGACUCGUCUUGCUAUUCAGCAUGCUUAUGGGGAUGCGCAGAAACUUCUGGUGAUUGCCGGUACGGCUGUCUGGGUUCUUGGCUUUCUGGCGGUGUUCAUGUGGCGAGACAUUAAGGUUACUGGCAUCAAGCAGACCAAGGGUACUGUUGCAUAGGUUGUUUGGAGCAAUGCUGUAAAUGAGUCGAGAAUCGCUCUCCACAUUUCUCAGAUUGAGUGACGGAAGAUAACAUGGAAGUUGGGCAGAACUUAGGAAAUCUAGGAAAUCUAUAUAAUGGAACGCCGUGCUAUGUACAGAGUCUUCAGCAUAAAGUGAUGUGAACACAGGUGCUUUAGCGACUGCGAUCACUACAAAAGCCCGUAAGCGAGAAAGCCCCUGAACCCACACAGCCGUUCUCGUUAAAGAAACCACUAAAACAAUAAUCACCCCUUUCUUAACGAGGAG